AGAAGUCCCCCCUCUGAACAGUUAUGUAGCUGUCAUGUAGUCGGUUGUCUCAUCGAUAUUUUACCUCUUCGUAGAUUUUUUCGCUCAGCAUGGCUUUUUUUAAAUCAGCGAUGACUUAUUCCAGCAGGCUGCUAACGACACUCAAAAAACAGACGCACGUCGUUUACAUCAAGAGGACGCUGCUCCUGCCCAGACUGACGCUCCUCAAACGCGCAGAUGGCAGAUUCAUCACCUUCGGGCGACAGUCGAGCUCCGCAGCAGCCGGAGCAGAGAAAGGAGAAGACUCCUUUCUCAAAUGGUUCCUGCUGCUCAUCCCUGCCACCACCUUCGGCCUGGGUACAUGGCAGGUGAAACGGCGUCAGUGGAAAAUCCAGCUGAUCAAUGAGCUGAACAGACUCACGACUGCAGAACCCAUUCCUCUCCCUCUGGAUCCUCAUGAGCUGAAAAGCCUCGAGUACAGGAGGGUGACGGUGCGCGGGCGGUACGACCACUCACAGGAGCUGUACAUCCUGCCCCGCUCACCGGUCGACCCAGAGAAGGAGGCCAGAGAGGCGGGCAGGCUGUCGUCAAGCGGAGAGACCGGUGCUAAUGUCAUCACUCCCUUCCACUGCACUGACCUCGGCAUCACAAUCCUGGUGAACAGAGGAUACGUGCCGAAGCAAAAGAUCAGACCAGAGACCAGGAUGAAGGGACAGGUGGAAGGGGAAGUGGAUGUGGUCGGCGUGGUUCGGCUGACAGAGACUCGUAAACCCUUUGUACCAAACAACGACGUGGAGAGAAACCGCUGGCAUUACCGAGACCUGGAGGCCAUGGCCAGCAUCACAGGAGCUGAGCCCGUCUUCAUUGAUGCAGAUUUCGGGAGCACCAUUCCUGGUGGACCAAUAGGUGGACAGACCAGAAUCACACUCAGGAACGAACAUAUGCAAUAUAUAGUCACAUGGUAUGGUUUAUGCGCAGCAACUUCCUACAUGUGGUAUGCAAAGUUCAUCAAGAAGAUUAAAUUUUGAUUCAACGCCACCAACUUGCUGUAUUAUAUAUGAAUACUCCAUGAAAUAUGGCAAAGCAAAUUCAGUUUGCUGCAUACAUUCACUGACAGAUAUGUAAAUAGUUGAUUAUUCUCAUUAAACAUGUGAGAAAAUAAAUAUGAAUUCAUUUCA